AGUGAAUUGCUAAGUGAGAGAGCCAGACAACAUGCAACAACGAUUGAGAUACGCAUCAAAACUGCAAUAAAUGGAUUCACGCUGAUAAAACGUCUCCAGUCUAUCACGCGCUCUUCGCUAGUGAUUACGGGCUUGUCGAAGUCCCCAGAAGACCAGGGGGAAGAGGUUAAACCAACCUUUUCUAAUCUUAGACAACGUGGCUCGGCGUAGCGUGGCAUGAAAUAUCGGGGUGGAUAGGUAGGUGAGUCUGGAACAUCUGUUAUAUUAAAUAACUCGGACUUGAGGUAGUAUGAAUGAAGUGUAUUAAAAGGUGACGUAUCUUGAACAAGUGAAAAACCUUCUACAAAUUCUUCCGUAAAAACUUUCCUCACCACGUGGACAGUGGUUGGUUAGAUACGAAGACCAACAAAGGUAAAAUGUUACAGAAAACAAAAUCCAUAAGUGAUUUACCCUAAAGCUAAAAUAAGCAUUCGAAGAGGAUCGCUAAGUGUAAUUCAAAUGAAAUACAAGUGUCUGCAUUUCGAGGAAAAAAUCACGACUGCUUACGAUUUCUAAACAGAAUCUUCAAACGUUAUUCGAUAUUUCGAAAUACAACGAAAAUUCCGGAAAGAUUUAAAAGCAGCAAAAGAUGGCGACAGAGACUCUGCAAGUGUGGGACUACGUUGUGAUAAUACUGAUGCUUAUUAUCAGUACGAGCAUCGGUGUUUAUUACAGAUUUACCGGAGGCAGACAGAAGACUUCCGAGGAAUAUUACACAGCAAAUCGUUCGAUGAGUGCAGCCCCGGUAGCGAUAGGUUUGAUGGUAUCUUUUCUCUCAGCUGUCAGUCUUCUGGGUGCCAGUGCCGAAAAUUACGUAUACGGGACUAUGUACGUGGUGGUUAAUCUCGGUUACGUUAUAGCCACGCCAGUUGUAGCAUACCUUUACUUGCCCGUAUUCUUCAAACUCCAAGCAACGAGUGCUUUCGAGUACCUCGAGAAACGCUUCGGGACCGUUGCAAGAACAAUCACUAGCAGUGCUAUCUCGCUUCAGCUACUGCUUUACACAGGGAUUGUUCUUUACGCCCCCGCAUUAGCUGUUGAAGCUACAACUGGUCUUUCGAAAACUGCGAGCAUAAUAGUAAUCGGAUUAGUUUGUACAUGCUAUUCCAGCCUUGGUGGUAUCAAAGCAGUUCUCAUCACUGACAUAUUCCAAGCACUUCUAAUGUUAGUUGCUGUCCUCACGGUAGGAAUAACCGCCGCCGUUGAAGUUGGAGGUAUCGAUGAGAUAUGGAAAAUCGCCGUAGCUGGAGACCGUAUUGAAUUUGACAGCAUAUCUGCCGAUCCAACGGUUCGCCACACCUGGUGGAGUCUGACAUUUGGCGGGUUCUUCACCUACCUUUCCCUGUACGGAGUCAAUCAAGUCCAAGUUCAAAGAUUACUGACUAUCAAUGACUUGAAAUCAGCCCAAGCAUCACUCUGGUGGAGCUUACCAAUCGCCGUGAUAAUGUCGGUGAUAACAUGCUUCUCUGGACUGGCGAUAUACUCGAAAUAUCAAAACUGCGACCCUCUGACAACUGGAAGAAUUUCAUCCACCGAUCAGUUAAUGCCCCUGUACGUGAUGGACACACUGUCGGUGUUUCCUGGACUUCCCGGACUCUUCAUCGCCGGUAUUUUCAGCGCCGGUCUCAGUACCGUAUCCGCCGCUCUUAACUCCCUAUCAGCAGUGAUUCUCGAGGAUUACGUGAAGCCGCUGUAUAUAUGGAGGAACAUAGAGUUUCCAGUGAACAAAUUCGCAUACAUUGGAAAAGCAUUGGCUUUUCUAGUGGGUCUGCUUUGCAUAGCGAUCGCUUUUCUGGCACAGUAUCUUGGCGGUGUUCUCCAAGCUGCACUGACGAUAUUUGGCGUAGUUGGAGGGCCAGUUUUGGGGUUAUUUACCUUAGGCAUGUUUACCGAAUCUGCCACUCAGCGAGGUGCCGUCACCGGACUUCUAAUAAGUCUUGUUUUCGGUCUUUGGGUCGGGUUUGGCCAGCCGAAACCAUCGGCACCAACUUUGGCCGUAUCCAUAGCGGGCUGCAACACAACCUCUGACAUAACCAGAUUGUCAAGUUUUACCAGAGCUGAAAGCACGGGUGACAGUUCAUACUUUUAUCUGUACCGAAUCUCCUACAUGUGGUACUGUCCCAUGGGCUGCCUGGUAUCGAUGAUUUGCGGCUACAUAGCAAGUCAUGUUUUACGUCUCUUCUUCAAAGAAGAAUCUACGGAAUUGAAUCCUGAUCUCCUGGUUCCAGGACUGUCUUCAAGGCUGAGAAGAAAGCAAGCGAAUGCACGAGACAAUAAAAACACGGGGGUUCAAUCGAAACAGAAUUUUUAAAGGCUGAAUAAUUACGUUUGUAGGUUCGUCGAUAGGUUGCUGAACUGGAUUGCUUACUAAGGCAAUCGACUUUACUUGAAACCAGCAUAAGUAGCUUCUUUCUCUCACGCAAGGUCAAAUUUUCAACAAUCGAUGAACGACCCUGUUUACGAAGUAAUAUAAAAACAUUAUACAGACUCCAUGCUAAUAAAUCAAAAAUCUAACACACCGAUCAGAAACCAGAAAUCUUGACAUUUCCUCUGGUUACCUUAUUGAUCCAGGGUCUUAUUACUUGAGGGCGUACUACGCAGGUAGUAUGUAGUGAAAUUAACUUACUCCUGGCUACAUGAAGUUAAAAGACUUCGAAUAAAGUCACUGGACUUUCAGUGACUUCGCAAGACCUAGUGUGACCAAUGGCUUCGAAGAAAUUCAAACGACUUUGGGUGAGUUCACGUGCAUGGCUUUAAGUACCAUUACAAGGCUUGUUGUGAUUUAACUGUGAGUUCAACUAGUUAAAAAAAAAACAUCGAGUAAUUGCAUAGGACUUUGCUCGUAACACAUUGGUUUCACGAAAAAUACAUUAUAUAUUAUAUAGUCAAUUUUCAGAAAGAUCCUUCCACCAACCAUAGAAUUCACGAUUUUGCCGUCAGUUUUACUCUGUACUUCGUUUAUGUACAAUUGCACCGUUCAGUUUGAAGAUUAAGCGACCGUGAAGUGCCUGAUCGUAACGCGCCACAUUCUUGAAAAGCGUUGACUGUAACGUAUAUCCCUAAUGGCAACUACUGAGAGAGUGUGGUUGGCGAUAUUCUUAGGGAUCGUUGCUUGUCAGCAGCAAGUCGUAAGAAUUUAUCGGAACGAUAAACUUGAAUGGAGAUUCUGGACCCGGUCGCGUGGACACAGCGGACACCGAAGGCACUGAAUGCAUGUACCUUUACGAUCACUGGUUGGUGUACCUACUCGGAAUAAACAUUCGGACCGCCCACGCCUCCGCAAAACCGUCGACUCGAGUCCGAAGUUUACCAAAACGUACGCAAACCACCGCGGAAUGUGGUUCAGCUGGUGUUUCACACCGAGUAUGACGUAUGAAAACGGAGAGGCACGUCAGCAGGCGUGCGAACUUACGCAACUAAAGCGA